AUGGACGCUCUUAACCAACCGCGACCGGAGACCCAUUUCCAAUCCAACCAAUCUCUUUUCACCGAUGCAGAUAGAUUCGCACUAGAGCAGAUGAUGGGUUGUUUGAGUCCAGGAUUACCGGAUACUCCGCCAGCCCGUGUGGAUACUCCCGUUCUGACGAGGGUCGGCGGGUUCGGUGGGGCAGGUGGAAGCAGCGGCGGCGGUAGCGGCAGCGGCGGUGGCGAGGGCAGCGAGGCAACGGGGGCCGGCGGUAAACGGUCCACGCACUACACCAAAGCGGAGUCCAUUGAUGUGGCGAGGGAUGCCGACACAUCGGACCCCAUAGUGGGCAUACCGAACCGAGCUUUUGGAAGCGCGUCCUGUUGGCAUACAACGAGUUCAAGUCAAGAGGCGCCAAACCGCGUGACCCGGAACAGAGAUGGCCGAAGCGAAGCCGACGUGAAGACGCUGUCUAUGUCCCAAUUCAACACAGAAGGCUGGCCGAAGUUCAACUCCUGGGAGGAGUAUCUCGUUCUCGAGAACUGCCCUAAAUUCAAGGCCAUCUGUGUGGAGGAGAGGGGGACAGGUCCUGGGGCGAAGCGAACUAGACACAAUAUAGUCGGGGACUACAGCAGCGGCAGCGGCUCACAAUCAAUCGACCUCAACGACGCCCAAACGGAAGAGCCAUCCGCUAUACACUCUAGGAGCCCACGCCCUCCGGUCCAACAUGCCUCUAUCCGAGCCACUAGAGUGGCUGCAAGUUCCUCGCGCAUCUCGCAGCCCACCCCUAUACCGCACUCUAUGGGCAUUGGUCCCCACGAGGUCUUGCAGAGGAACCUUGAUGUGCAGUUGAUGAAACAACUGUAA